UCUUGCACCGAUACGUGGCUAAUUUGACGUGCUCUUUAUCAGUUCUGUCUAUAUCUAUAAAAGUACAAUGUUAAAAAGGAAUAAAUUAUAUUACUUUAUCUGCCUUAUCUUAUUAGAGUUGCGUAAUAUAAACGCAAACGCACCGAUUAAAAACGCUGUUCUACUUUUGGCUGAUGAUGGAGGAUUUGAAAUGCGAUCAUACCUGAAUAAAAUUUGUCAAACUCCUAAUUUAGAUAAAUUGGCAAAAGAAAGUUUGUUAUUUAAUAAUGCAUACUCUUCAGUGAGCAGUUGUUCUCCUAGUCGUUCUGCUUUACUGACUGGUUUACCAAGUCAUCAAAAUGGAAUGUAUGGUCUUCACAAUGGAAUUCAUCAUUUUAACUCAUUUGAAACUGUACAAAGUUUACCAAAAAUAUUAAUGAAAAAUCAUAUAAGAACAGGUAUCAUUGGUAAAAAACAUGUAGGUCCAACCAAUGUAUAUCCAUUUGAUUUUUCACAAACAGAAGAAAAUAAUUCUAUACUUCAAGUUGGUCGAAAUAUUACUAAAAUUAAACUUUUGGUCAGAGAAUUUCUUUCUCAGAAUAAAACACAGCCCUUCUUUUUAUAUGUUGCAUUUCAUGAUCCUCAUCGAUGUAGUCAUUCACAUCCAGAGUAUGGGAAUUUUUGUGAAAAAUUUGGUAAUGGUGAUAUUGGUAUGGGUACUAUCCCGGAUUGGUAUCCAAUAUAUUAUCAAUGGGAACAAGUCAAAGUACCAUAUUUCGUUCAAAAUACAGAAGCUGCUAGACGUGACAUUUCUGCUCAAUAUACCACCAUUUCUCGUUUAGAUCAAGGUGUAGGAUUAGUCUUAAAAGAACUGGAAAAUGCUGGCUUUAAAGACAAUACAUUAGUCAUUUACACAUCUGAUAAUGGUAUACCAUUUCCAAAUGGUCGAACAAAUUUAUAUGAACCAGGAUUGGCAGAACCUAUGAUGAUAAGGUCACCAAUUUCUAACCAUAGAAAAAAUAGUGUAACAUACAGCUUAACAUCUUUAUUGGAUAUUGUACCAACAUUAUUAGACUGGUUUAACAUACCACAUAUGAAUUUAUCUCCAUUUGAUACAAAUGAAGUAACUCCUCCUCCUUUAACUGGAAAAUCACUUCUUCCACUUCUUGUUCAAGAACCCACAGAAAAUGACACAGCUAUUUUUGCCAGCCAAACACAUCAUGAAGUUACUAUGUAUUACCCCAUGCGUGCUAUUAGAACUAAAAGACAUAAGCUCAUACAUAAUAUUAAUUAUAGAAUGCCAUUCCCUAUUGAUCAAGACUUUUAUCUUUCACCAACUUUCCAGGAUCUUUUAAAUAGAACUAGAAAUAAACAACCACUCCCAUGGUAUAAAACAUUAGAAAGUUAUUAUGAGAGACCAGAAUGGGAAUUAUAUGAUCUAAAAUAUGAUCCAGAAGAAAGAAAUAACAUUGCUUUUAAAUCAUCAGAAAAACAAACAUUCAUGGAUUUACAAGAAAGGUUAUUAAAGUGGCAGAAAAUAACUAAUGAUCCUUGGCUUUGUGCACCUAGAGGAAUCCUUGACAGUAUUGGAAAUGCAGAUCCCCAAUGCAUGCCACUUGAAAACUUUAUUUGA